AUGGUGAUACAUCGCGUGGCUGUGAUCAGCAAUCUCCAAGCCUUUGAAGCAUUUGGGGGAGUUCUUGCGAUCACGAUCACGUCGGCAUUCUUGCGCCUUCUGACAAUCAACGAGCUUCGAAAACGCAUCGGCACGGACCCGGCUUCUGAAGAGAUGUUUAGACACUUCUUGGAAGACGUGGUCCACCUGGGCUCUGUGCCGAGCGACACACGACCUGCUAUGCAAGCUGUAUACGGUGUUGCUGCGAGGAGAUGUUGCUCAGCCCUUCAUGCAUCGCCUCUCCUCUAG